GGGCUCAUGAGUGCCUACUGGAAGAAAUGGCUUUUGCGAAGACCCCUUAUAGGAAUAAUCAGGCUUUGAACAGACAAGUAGAAAGCUCUGGCUGAGAUCUGAGAAUGAAGGAAGGAACAACACUUGUCAUUAGCUCAGAGCAAGCCUGAAGAGGGGCCGAUUGCCGUCUUUAUUUCUGCAGAGAAUACAUUAAGGAAACCAAGGGGCAUAUAUCCUGUAGUGGCAAAGGUAACACGGGUCUUUGGUGAAGGAGCUGGUCUAGAGUACAAAUCCAUUCAUUCCAUAGUAGGAGCAAGGCAGUCCGCUUCGUGCCCACGUUCGGAGAUCCAGCGCUCGGAGACACCCGACGCCGGGCGCGCGCUCCACCCCCUCUGGCUUCGCGGGGUCUGUGGGGGAAGAUGCACAGGUAUCACACCCAGCCAUCCUGCAAUUCUGGGCCGAAGUCGAGUAGCCUAACCAAUCAGUGAGCGAGCAGGUCUCUUCAGUUUUCAGGUGUGGGUUCUUUCCAGUGCUCGGGCGACCAAGGUGGGGCAAAGUGUGGACGCGGCCGAUGAUUGGGCAAAAUGAGAACCUCUAAGCCUAUCAAAGGGCACCACGUGGGCGGGACUCCAGAAGCUGGUACUGCUCUCUGCAGCAGGCUCUGAGCCCCCAGACUGGCGGGGAUCUGCGGCCUCCCGAUGCGGGCGGGCGGAGGCGGAGCUCGGCUUUGCAGCGUGCAAUUCCCACCGCCUGCGCCCCAGGCCAGGUGGGGACCGGGCGCUGGGACCCAAGUCCCCCAGAGCCGGCUGGCUGCCUUCGAGCCGAGUCAGCGUCACGGCCGAAUCUAAGUGAAGGGGCAGAGGGAAGGGAGAAGGCAGGCUUCGGGGCACUGGAGGGAGCUUCGCUGACGAGAGCUGGGACCCCGCUCGCCAUGGGGGAGGUGGAGAUUUCGGCUCGGGCCUACGUGAAGAUGUGUCUCCACGCCGCCCGGUACCCGCACGCCGCCGUCAACGGGCUCUUGCUGGCGCCCGCGCCGCGGUCAGGAGAAUGCCUGUGUCUCACCGACUGUGUGCCCCUGUUCCACAGCCACCUAGCCCUGUCCGUCAUGCUGGAGGUCGCCCUCAACCAGGUGGAUGUGUGGGGCGCGCAGGCCGGUCUGGUAGUGGCUGGGUACUACCAUGCCAAUGCAGCUCUGGACGAUCAGAGCCCUGGGCCCUUGGCCUUGAAAAUCGCUGGGCGGAUUGCAGAAUUCUUCCCUGAUGCAGUACUUAUUAUGUUGGAUAAUCAGAAACUGGUGCCUCAGCCUCAUGUGCCCCCAGUCAUCGUCCUGGAAAACCAUGGUCUCCGCUGGGUCCCCAAGGACAAGAACUUAGUGAUGUGGAGGGACUGGGAAGAGUCACGGCAGAUGGUGGGAGCACUAUUGGAGGGCCGGGCCCACCAGCACCUUGUGGACUUUGACUGCCACCUUGACGACAUCCGGCAGGACUGGACCAACCAACAGCUCAACACCCAAAUCACCCAAUGGGUUGGUCCCACCAAUGGAAAUACCUGAGUCAGGGCUGGGAGGUGAGAGGGAAAGGGUCAGGAUCCAAUAAAGAUACUUGGGCUGAAGGG